ACACAGGUGUCUUGGGCUAGACGUAGCAAACCACCGGCAGCAUGCUUUGCCCUGUUUCACCCAGCUUCCGUUUGAGCAAACCAGCUUGGACGUCUUGGACGGUUUCGAAUUCGUACGGGAAGUGUUAUUGUUCCUUGGCAAUGCCAGCUGUGGAAGCUCUGCUUGAGAAACCGCCUACAUGGUGAGUACCACCCAGCUUUGCUAGACGCACUGCUAAUGGUAUUUGGACCACUGGCUCAAGUAGGGAAAGGUUUACUGCUGUUUCGCAGUCCAGAAGUGUUAUGGGAGGGUAUCGAGCACAGACUACUAUAUGGAACAAUUCUGCACGCCAUCGGCCUUCCUGUUAUCCCUGGCGACGAGAACGAAGGCCUCACGGAUCUCCCUAUCAGACAUCCACGCAUACGCAGUGACCAACCAUCAACGCUCGAAAGGUCAGCGGCAUUUGAGGCGAAACGUGACGAAUCGGAGAUCGAAUGCAGCCCCGCCACAGGAAGGCAGCAGCCUUGGCGGAGAUGGAGAUGGUUGGGAUGAACCGGGACACCGAGGGGGACUCGGCAUGCGUCAGGCGUGGAAAGGUACCGUUACAUCUGGGAGCGAUUUUGCAUUCGAAUCGACUCAGCAUAGCCGGCAGUCGCUGGAUGACCCACAUUCGAUCAAGAUCAAUCAGAGAUCGCCGGAUCGUGGCCUUGGUCGUGCGCUCGAAAGAGCAGGGCGAUGCGGGAGCAUGCUAUGUGGAAAAGGUGUACGUACGUACGUCGUAAAUCGCUGCGGCAGCGAGAGAGAGUGGACGAAAUGGCAUGGUCAAUGAUGAGCGGUCGCCCAUGGGCGCAACGGAAGCCCCAGGGCUCAGUAACUUAAGACUCCGCUUUCGAACUUGACCCCUGAAGCCCGACAUACCCGCACCCCACCAACCACCCACAAACUCACCCAUACCCUCAGCCAACACCCACUCCCCAUCCUCGUCAAACAAG